ACUUCCGGAUAUCGUCUCACAACACAGGUUCAACGUCGCAUCCAGCACCACAACCACAAAAGUCCAUAUCCGUCCGUUAUGUCCAUAACAUGUAGCCUAUUUAUAUAUAUGUCCUUCACAUAGCUCCAUGGCUAUCCACAUACGGUCGCUGACCCGUCGCUGGGUCGGACUGUCUACUCUGUGGAAGGAACCAACUUCGAAGGAACCAACUUACCGAAGGGGUGUUUCACCGUGGAGGAGGUCAUUCACAACGAGACACGGGGGGGUACUAUCCACGUGGGGUCAAUCGCGUCCCCUGCACACUGACCUGGGGGACCUGUACGGGAACCCAUCGGUGCAGAUGCACGUUGAGCGGUUGAUGGAGGAGCACGCGGUUUUGGCCAAUCAGCUGCAGGAGUCGUGCCUCAGCGACGCAGAGAGGCGGGGCCUCAACAAGAGACAGUUCGACCUGAGGCCCCUUGUUGAGCUGCAUGAGAAGAUCCGAGGGGCCCUCACAGACCUGGAAGACGUGUUGUCUCUGAUGCAUGGCAUGGUGGGUACGACUGAGGAAGACCUUCAGAUGACCCAGCUGCUGAAAGACGAAGAGGUGCAGAUCUCUAACCGGAUCGACGCCUUAAAAAGAGACUUGAUCACAGGGCUCCUGCCAUGUGACCCGCUGGACUCCAGUGAUGUCAUCUUAGAAGUGGUGGCUGGCCGCACCACAGGGGGGGACAUCUGCCAGCAGUUCACCAGAGAGAUGUUUGACCUUUACCAGGGCUACGCCCUAUAUAGGAACUGGGCCUUUGACCUCCUGAACUACACCCAUGCGGAGCACGGGGGUCUCCACCACGCGGUGGUCCAGAUCCGGGGGGACGAGGUCUACCGGCACCUGAAGAACGAGGGGGGCACCCACAGGGUGCAGAGGAUCCCCGAGGUUGGCCUCUCGUCCCGCAUGCAGCGCAUCCACACGGGCACCAUGGCCGUCAUCGUGCUGCCCCAGCCCUUGGAGUUCCAGCUGAGCAUCGACCCAAGGGACCUCCGCGUGGACACCUUCCGCUCUAGCGGCGCCGGCGGCCAGAGCGUCAACACCACGGACAGCGCCGUGCGGAUCGUGCACCUCCCCUCCGGCACGGUGGUGGAAUGCCAGCAGUCGCGCUCCCAGCUGCAGAACCGUGACACGGCCAUGGCCAUGCUGAGGGCCCGCCUGCACCAAAGCAUCAUGGGUAAAGAGACUGAGGAGAGGCACCGCGCACGCAGGAAACAGGUGGGCACGCGCGCCCAGUCGGAGAGGAUCCGGUCCUACAACUUCAGCCAGGACCGGGUCACGGACCACAGGACGGGCCACGUCAGCCGGGACCUCAAGGAGUUCAUGAAGGGAGGUGAGGCGCUGGACGAGCUGGUGCUGGACGUCCUGGAGAACGGGGAGAGAGAAGCGCUGCUGGACCUGGUGGAGCGAGGGGCGGUGUAGAGCCGCCACUGGGAACACUGGACAGACUGGGAACUACAGCCAAGCAGGUGACUGUGGGAAGAGAUUGGGGACUGUGUGUGUGUGUGUGUGUGUGUGUGUGUGUGUGUGUGUGUGUGUGUGUGUGUGUGUGUGUGUGUGUGUGUGUGUGUGUGUGUGUGUGUGUGUGUGUGUGUGUGUGUGUGUGUGUGUGUGUGUGUGUGUGUGUGUGUGUGUGUGUGUGUGGACACGCCAUUGGAUAAACCAAUGUGAUCUGAUUGGAUCAGGCCAGGACUUCCAACUCUGAUCUGAUUGGACGAGGACUACCAAACUCUGAUCUGAUUGGACCAGGACUACCAAACUCUGAUCUGAUUGGACCAGGACUACCAAACUCUGAUCUGAUUUGAGUAGGACUACCAACUCUGAUCUGAUUGGACCAGGACUAUCAACUCGGAUCUUAUUGGAGCAGGAAUUCAAACUCUGAUCUGAUUGGAGCAGGAAUUCAAACUUUGAUCUGAUUGGACCAGACUAAAACUCUGAUCUGAUUGGACCACGACUAACAAACUCUGAUCUGAUGUGACGAGGACUUCAUACUCUGAUCUGAUUGGACCAGGCCAGGACCUCCAACUCUGAUCUGAUUAGACCAGGAGUUCCAACUCUCAGCUGAUUGGAAAGGACCGGGACUACAAACUCUGAUCUGAUUGGAUCAGACUAGUAACAAUGUAUGACCUCAUUCUUGUCAAUGAAUCCGACAUUAUUGUAAGUUACAGAAACUAUUGUGUGUUCAAUCAUCCAGCUCCUUGAAUUAUACUGAAUGAAAAGCAUCAAUGCAAGCUCAGCCCACGUGUUGAUUUGACUAAAGGAAAAAAAGCUGAUGUUAGAGUAACGGAUGUAUGUUAAUACUGUAUAGAAGUUUGGGGUCACCCAGACAAUUUCAUGCUCUUCAUGAACACUCCCUUUUAUUCAACCGUUUUCAGCUGUGACAACAUAAUGGACAAAGGUUUUCUAAUCAUGUAAUAUCCUUUUAACACAAUUAAACAAUGUAGCAUUAGAACACAGGAGUGAUGGUGUCUUGAAAUGGGCCUCUGUACACCUCUGUAGAUAUUCCAUGAAAAAUCUGAUGUUUUAAGCUAGAAUAAUAAUUUACUACAUUAAAAGGAA